UCGCGCAGUUUUGUUACACACGCUGGAUCCAUGAGUUUGGCAAGCAUUAAAGAAAGGGAGGCUAAGGGCAGAAAAAAUGCGUUGCCAAAAUUACGCACCGUCUUGGCUAAUCCCUACAAGCAGCAUUGUCCUGUCCUGCAGGAGGAUGAAUUGAAUGACUUUUGUGCCAUAUUAAAGGAGGCGAUUGGCAAAAGUGGUGGCAAACCAAACACAUUUGCAACCCAAGCAAAGAUUCGACUUGGAUUGGAGAGUUCCUUGCGUGCCAUAAACGGUCGCCGUUUUUCCUGCGUGUUUCUUUCACUAAGCAUGCGUCCAUCCCAUCUUAUACGCCUAAUAGCCAGCAGUGCGGCAGCAAAGGUGCAGACAGCCCCUAUUUAUGCACAGCCCAAGCUGGAGGAGUUGACAGAAGAGCUCUUUGGCGUGCGUGCGCUGGUGUUGGUUUUGCCGACUGAUUUGGAUAGCAUUAGUCUGGGUCUGGCCAAAUGGGUGGAAGAACGCAGGAAACCAGAGCUCGUACGAAAUGUGAUAAAAGCUAACAAGCCAAAUAAUCCAAAAAGAAAAAAGCCAACAGAACAAGCUACAGUUGAAGACCUUAUACCCGAAUUAAGAACUAAGCAGACGAUUGAAGUGCCUGAAAUUAAAAAGCCACCGGCAUGGAGUGGCGAUUAUAUAGACUGUUCGGAUAGCACAAAGAAAGUAAGGCUGGGCCUAACCGAUGCUGAAACGGCUCAGCAGAAACUACAAGAGGCCUUAGGCUGUUUGGCCAUGAAAGCGGAAGCUGAAAAAUUGAAUGAAACAAAAACAGUGAAAACAACGGCUUCGCCGCCCGCACUAAAAGAGCCAAUGCCUGCUAUGCCCAUGGAAGUCGAAGAUGCUGAUGAAGAGGAUGAAUUUCUGCCCAGUAAUGUGUAUCACCCGCUUACAGUGCACCAUAUCCAAUCCAAUCCAAAUAAAAACAAGAAACAUAAAAAGCGACGCAACAAAAAGCAACAGCAGCAAGGCAAAGCCACCAAAUAGUUGGCAACGCGUG